GCCAUCUGCCUCGGGGACGUGGAGAGGCUCUACAGGUACUGCCACGUCAAUGUUCCCGACGAGCUGCUGCGGGACUUGCUCCCGGGACCGGUGACCCUGGUCUUACAGCGUUCAGAAGAGCUGAAUAAAGACUUGAAUCCGUUCACAUCGCUGGUUGGUGUUCGCAUUCCAAACCACCCCUUCAUGAGGGACCUGGCUCGCGCCUGCUCGGGACCGCUGGCUUUGACAAGCGCCAACAUCAGCUCCCAGGGCAGCACCCUGACUGUGCUGGAAUUCCAGGAUUUGUGGCCUCAGUUGUCCUUGGUCAUUGAUGGAGGUCCCAUAGGAGACAUCCAGAGCCCAGAGUGUCGCUUGGGAUCAACUGUGGUUGACUUAUCUGUGUCAGGGAAAUUCUCCAUCAUCCGGCCUGGCUGUGCACUGGCGCCCACAGUUGAAAUCCUGAAGGAGAAGUAUGGCUUGGUACCAGAACCUUCCUAAUGCUUGGGACUGGGAGCUGUUGGAGCUGGGCACUGUGUGCCUGUGCACUCAGGAGUGGGUGAUCAUGGCCUUGUUUAAUAAGGUCGAUGGGUUAUGUCAAGGUAAAUAAAAAAAGAUUUAAAAAAGAAA